GCAGCAACAGGCAACUACCGAAGGAAAGACUCUUCUGGGCUUUUGGUAUUUUUUCCAAGGAGCGUUUUUCUCCCCCAAUCCCUCACUGGUAGUGAAACUGCUUUCCUACAACGUCUUCUUUUUCUGAGGAGGUGCUGAUUCUGAUCUGCCACUUAGCAGCUUCAGGUAGUGACCUUCACUGAUCCAAAAGUUCAACAAAAGAUGACUUUUUCUCUACUUCAACAUCCUUUAGAGGUGAAGCAAGUGCCAGCUGGUGUAUUUUGGCCAACUGUUGGGGCCUGGUGAAAAAUCACCAGUGCAGUAAUGUUCUGCAGUAAAAAGAAACCACUGGAAGUGGAACGGAUAGUGAAAGCCAAUGACCGUGAAUACAAUGAAAAGUUCCAGUAUGCAGAUAAUCGUAUCCAUACAUCCAAGUACAACAUUCUCACCUUCUUGCCAAUUAAUUUAUUUGAACAGUUCCAAAGAGUGGCAAAUGCCUAUUUCCUUUCUCUUCUGAUUUUACAGCUGAUUCCAGAAAUUUCUUCCUUGUCCUGGUUUACCACCAUUGUGCCUUUGGUCCUGGUGAUAACUAUGACAGCUGUCAAAGAUGCCACAGAUGACUAUUUUCGCCACAAGAGUGAUAAUCAAGUGAAUAAUCGGCAAUCUGAAGUGCUUAUCGGCAACAACCUGCAGAAAGAAAAAUGGAUGAAUGUUAAAGUGGGAGACAUCAUUAAAUUAGAAAAUAACCAGUUUAUUGCCGCUGACCUGCUUCUCUUAUCAAGUAGUGAGCCACAUGGCCUUUGCUACAUUGAAACUGCUGAGCUUGAUGGGGAAACGAACCUUAAAGUUCGCCAUGCACUAUCAGUUACCUCAGUGCUUGGAGAAGAUAUUAGCAGACUUGCGAAGUUUGAUGGGAUUGUUGUCUGUGAAGCACCUAACAACAAAUUAGAUAAAUUCAUGGGAGUUCUCUCUUGGAAGGACAGCAAGCACUCCCUCAACAAUGAGAAGAUAAUCCUGAGGGGCUGUGUCCUGAGAAACACCAGCUGGUGUUUUGGAAUGGUUAUUUUUGCAGGUCCUGACACUAAACUAAUGCAGAACAGUGGAAAGACAAAGUUUAAAAGGACAAGCAUUGAUAGGUUGAUGAAUACUCUAGUACUGUGGAUUUUUGGGUUCCUGGUAUGCUUGGGCAUUAUUCUUGCAAUAGGAAAUUCAAUCUGGGAGAAUCAAGUUGGGGACCAGUUCAGAACUUUCCUUUUCUGGAAUGAAGAAGAGAAGAACUCCUUGUUCUCAGGAUUCUUAACAUUCUGGUCAUAUAUUAUUAUUCUCAACACAGUUGUACCCAUUUCAUUAUACGUGAGUGUGGAAGUAAUUCGUCUGGGACACAGUUACUUUAUAAACUGGGAUCGGAAGAUGUAUUACUCUGAGAGAGCUACACCCGCCGAAGCUCGAACAACCACGCUCAACGAGGAACUGGGCCAGAUCGAAUAUGUUUUCUCUGACAAAACAGGCACCCUCACUCAAAACAUCAUGACUUUUAAAAAAUGUUCCAUUAAUGGGAGAAUCUAUGGUGAAGUAGAUGAUGACAUGGAUCAGAAGCCAAACAUAAUUAAGAAAAAAAAGCUUAUGAAUUUCUCAGUCAUCCCCCAGGGAGAUAAAACAUUUCAGUUCUCGGACCACUGUCUGAUGGAAUCCAUCAAACUGGGGGAUCCCAAAGUGCAUGAGUUUCUGCGGUUACUUGCUCUCUGCCACACUGUAAUGUCGGAGGAAAACAGUGCAGGACAGCUGACUUAUCAAGUUCAAUCACCUGACGAAGGGGCUCUAGUGACUGCUGCCAGAAAUUUGGGGUUCAUUUUUAAGUCUCGGACCCCAGAGACAAUAACAAUAGAAGAACUGGGAACACUAGUUACUUAUCAACUGCUAGCCUUUUUGGAUUUCAACAAUAUCAGAAAAAGGAUGUCUGUCAUAGUUCGAAACCCGGAAGGACAGAUAAAGCUUUAUUCCAAAGGAGCAGACACUAUUCUGUUUGAAAAACUUCAUCCAUCCAAUGAAGACCUUCUGACUUUGACGUCAGACCACAUCAGUGAAUUUGCAGGAGAAGGCCUUCGAACCUUGGCCAUUGCAUACAGAGAUCUGGAUGACGACUACUUUAAAGAGUGGCAGAAGAUGCUUGAGGAUGCAAAUGCUGCUGCACAUGAGAGGGAUGAACGGAUAGCUGGGCUGUAUGAAGAAAUUGAAAAGGAUUUGAUGCUUCUAGGUGCCACUGCUGUAGAAGAUAAGUUACAGGAGGGUGUUAUUGAAACAGUUACAAGUUUAUUGCUAGCCAAUGUUAAGAUCUGGAUCCUAACAGGAGACAAACAAGAGACUGCCAUCAAUAUUGGCUAUGCCUGCAACAUGCUGACUGACGACAUGAAUGAAGUGUUCAUUAUAGCCGGGAACUCGGCAGAGGAAGUCAGAGAAGAACUCAGGAAAGCAAAGGAAAAUAUGUUUGGACAAAACAGAAGUUCUUCCAAUGGCCAUGUAGUUUUUGAAAAACAGCAGCAGCUGGAACUGGAACCAGUUGUAGAAGAAACCAUAACAGGAGAUUAUGCCUUAAUCAUAAAUGGUCAUAGUUUGGCUCAUGCCCUAGAAAGUGAUGUCAAGAAUGAUCUCCUGGAACUUGCCUGCAUGUGUAAGACUGUGGUGUGCUGCCGGGUCACGCCGCUCCAGAAAGCCCAAGUAGUGGAACUGGUGAAGAAACACAGAAGUGCUGUCACUUUGGCCAUAGGUGAUGGAGCCAAUGAUGUCAGCAUGAUCAAAAGUGCUCAUAUUGGCAUUGGAAUCAGCGGCCAGGAGGGAUUGCAGGCAGUCUUAGCCAGCGACUAUUCAUUUGCUCAGUUUAGAUACCUCCAAAGGCUUCUCCUUGUUCAUGGAAGGUGGUCCUAUUUCCGCAUGUGCAAAUUCUUAUGCUAUUUCUUCUAUAAGAAUUUUGCAUUCACACUUGUGCACUUCUGGUUUGGUUUCUUCUGUGGUUUCUCAGCCCAGACUGUCUAUGACCAGUGGUUCAUUACCCUCUUUAACAUUGUCUACACGUCACUUCCUGUGUUAGCCAUGGGGAUUUUUGACCAGGAUGUAAGUGACCAGAACAGCAUGGACCAUCCCCAGCUCUACAAACCUGGACAGCUUAAUCUGCUUUUUAAUAAGCGUAAAUUUUUCAUCUGCAUGGCACAUGGAAUCUACACAUCAUUCGCCCUUUUCUUCAUUCCUUAUGGGGCCUUUUACAACACGGCUGGAGACGAUGGGCAGCACAUUGCCGACUACCAGUCUUUUGCAGUCACCAUGGCCACAUCUUUGGUCAUCGUGGUCAGCGUGCAGAUAGCCUUGGAUACCAGUUACUGGACUGUCAUUAACCACGUCUUCAUAUGGGGCAGCAUUGCCACGUACUUCUCUAUUUUAUUUGCAAUGCACAGUAAUGGCAUGUUUGACGUCUUCCCAAAGCAGUUUCCAUUUGUUGGAAAUGCGUGCCAUUCCUUGACCCAGAAGUGUAUCUGGCUUGUUAUUCUCCUAACGACAGUGGCUUCAGUCAUUCCUGUGCUGGCAUUCAGAUUUUUGAAGGUGGAUUUAUUCCCAACCCUGAGUGAUCAGAUCCGCCAGUGGCAGAAAGCUCAAAGGAAGGCAAGGCCUCAACGAAGCCAAAGACCUCAGACUCGUAGAUCAAGCUCAAGAAGAUCUGGAUAUGCUUUUGCCCACCAAGAGGGCUAUGGAGAGCUUAUCACAUCUGGAAAAAAUAUGCGAGCUAAAAAUCUACCCCCAGCAUCAGGGCUGGAAAAGACGCUGUCUAAUAGCACUAGCUGGAUUGAAAAUUUAUGUAAGAAAACCACAGACACAGUGAGCAGCUUUAACCACACUAAAACAGUAAAACUGUGAGUCAAGAUGAAUUUGAACCACAUAGUUAUCUUUUCACUUCAGCUGAAGCUGAAAUUCAGCUGGCUCCGAAGUUUGGGAUCAGGGCUAGGAGUGGGGCAGAUUGCCUCACUUAGCUUAAAUCUGUGGCAGACAGCCGCCUGGUGCCCGUCAAAUAGAGGUGUACUCUACUGGAGACAAAGCCAGAUGGUCACCAUCUAAUGCGUGAUUUGGCAGACAAAACCCUCACAACACAAGCACAGGUUUUUAUCAACCUAGAUACCAAAUGACCCAAACUUUAGAAUCUUACCUAUGAAGAAAAACUUAUAAAUCUGCAUAUACAUUGAAUGGAUCUUCAGAUGGAUAAAAGAAUGCAUUCAAAAGAUAUAUACCCCAGCUGAAAAUCAUGCUUGUUUACAGAUAAACAUGUAUAUGUAAGACCAAUCUUUCCCAAGAUACACUUUUAAGAUUAGGUGCUUUCAGACUAAGGGAAGCAUGUCCCUCUCCAGUCUUGUCAUCUACCUGUGUAUCCAGCCAGGACAAAAAUCACCUUCAGGAACACAGUAUAGACUGAGCAUCUUUACAGUGGGAUAAGCUGGUAAUUUGGUCAAAUUCAUUCAGAAAGCUCUCCUAGAUGUGUUCAUGAACUGUCAAAGAGAGGCUCUCUAGAAAGUGUUCUACAUACUUUUCAAUGACUUUUAUAACAAUCUCAGUAGUAAUUUGCCCAGUGUCAUCCAGAACCGUUAACAGAACCAGCAUAGCAGUGAAAUUUCACACUUUACUGAUAGUAUUCUAUAUAGUGUAUGGGCAAAUUUUUUCAACAUUUCUUAUUUUUAAAAGUUCUAAUUUGAAACCAAACAUAUUAGUAAAUAUUCUCUUCAAUUACUAUUUAAAUACCCAGGCUGGGUCAUUCAGUGUGAGUUGCUUUUGGUUCUCAGCUAUAAUGUUUAUAAUUCCAACAUAUACAUAUAUGUAGGUAAGGCUGAUUGUUUUGGGAGAUAUUCCAGUCCAAAUGUGAAUCACCAGUGUAGUUUCCAUGAAAGAAUUCAGGCAGAUCUGUGUUCAAAGUCCAGCUCUAUAGCUUCUUACCUCUAAUGUUGGGCAAGUAAAGUGCCUCCUCUGAGACUCAGUUUCUUCCUCUGUAAAGGGAAGAUAUACUACCUACCUCACGUGGUUGUUUGAGGAUUGUCAAAGCACAAGUUCUCUGAUCAUGAAAAACAUAAUUCUCAUAUGAAUAGAUGAUGAGUUUAGUUUCAUUAAACUCAUCAUCAGAAAGUGGAGAACAGAAUCUGAGGAACAAGAAUUUAAUCAAUGGGAAAGGCCUUAAUGAAAUGAGAUUGCAAAGUAAGAUAUAAAACGUGUUCAUGUCCUACAGAGAAAUAAAACUAUAACCUUGGUGGUGGAUUUCUCUGCCAGAAAGGAGACUGAUUUUCUACAAGUCAACCCCCAACUUUGCACGGCCCAUAAUCUGGUCCCUAUUGAAUCAUUAGCCAAAGUUACAUUUCCCAAGAGAGUUAGAUGGUCCUUGGGUGGGCUUGAUGAAUAAUAGGCUAGCAUAAUAUGAAUAUAUCACACAAUCCUGGAUUUUUGUUGUUGUUGUUGUUGUUUGUUUUGACCUUAAUUUCAAAGUUCUGAAUAAUUUUCCUUGAAUGGGAUGAAAUUCGAUACAUGUCAAAGAGCCUAAUCAUAUGUUCCCUUCUCCCCCACAUGCCUGUGUAGAUUUACCAAGAUACUAGUUUUCAAUGUCUACUAUUUCAUUAGUUUCACUGUGUUUGCUUGCUUUUUGUAACAUUUUUGAAAGCUUCAAAAACUUUCAGUAAAUAGUUUGGCAUUAUUGGAAUUUGAUGUUUUGCCACUUCUUUAUUGGGAACUCACUGGAAAGAGUUUUUGUUACAUUGGUGAACUUUUCCUUUUUUUUCUCUCUCUCCUUUAUAUGCCCGAGGAAAAUGUACAUCAUUCUUAGGGUCAGAACCAAGAGUAAAAUGGCUGAUUGGACCUAUGUGUAAAGGAUGGGAAAAAUUAGGAAUGUUCCAAGUUUGCAA